UUUUUUUUUCUUUUAUUUAGUUUUUUGCAAUAGGGUUCUCGCUAUGCUGCCUAGGCUGGAUUCAAAAUCCUGGGCUCAGGUGUUCCUUCCACCUCAGUCUCCCGAGUAGCUGGGACUACAAGCAUGCGCUGCUGCUAAGCCUAAAGUCCAUUUUCUGUUUCCUCUGUAGUAUUAAGUUUGUAGUUUUGUCACUUAACAUGUGCAAGGAUUAUAUACCCAUUAAAUUCUUAUCUUAAAUAUUCCAAAUAAAUUUUAUUGUCAUUUUAUCAAGUCAUAAAAUAUCCUGCUGGCUUUUUAUUUGAUAAUUCACUGAAUUCAAAGAUAUAAAAAGAACUGGCACCCUUAAAAUAGUAACCCCCUGGCAUACAAAUUAUGGUCUCCAGAUACCACACUUUCUUAAUAAAAGAAAGUAGGGUUCCUUAGACAUACAGUUAAUUAUAAGUAUGAAACAAAACAAAAAAACAAAUAAGAGGAUCCUAGAUAUCUUUUUAGAGCAGGUAGCAAGGCAGUAAGUAAAGCGAUUGUGUCAAAAGCAUUCAUGAGUGAAUUUUGAAGAGGCUGCCAUCGGCCAAAAUUAAAGCAAUCUAAGUAUCAAGAAGGAUAAUAAUUGCAAUGGAUUGUAACAUAAAACACCAAACAAUAACUGUAAAAACAACAAAUUAAUUGGUCACUAUUGGAGAAUGAUAACAAUGAUUACUUCCCAACCCCAAUGCCUUGACUUUUCUGUUCUUUAUAACAUUACUGGAAUAGUCUCACCAGCAUUCUUAUCUAAGUAUUUCAUUGUUCCUCUGAUUGUAAACAAACAAGAAGGGAUAAGUGUUAUCAGUUACUACCCCAUUUAGUUGAUUUAGAUAAUGAGAUGUGAGACUUUUGAACUGAUGAAGUAUAGAUGAAUUUUCUGGACUUUGAGUUCAUGCUAUAAUGGGAUGGGACUUUGGCGGAUGUUGCAUUUUGUAUGUGGACAGAUGUGAAUCUGAGGGGCCACAGAACCAUUUUAGUAGGCAUAAUAAAGGCCUCCUCAAACUGUUAGAACUUGUGAAUAGUUACCUUACAUGGCAAAACGGACUUUGCAGAUAUGAUAAGUUUACAGGGUUUGAAAUGGAGAUAACGUUGAGUUGUCCAGAUAGGUCCAAUGCAAACAUAUGACUCUAAAAUUUGGAAGAGCAAUGCAAAAAGAUGUCCUCUGUGAAGGACCUGACCCACUGUUGCUGGCUUUGAAGAUGGAGAAAGAGGGUCUCUGAGCUAAUAUAUGUGUAUGGCCUCAGAAACUGGAAACAGCUCUCAGGUUACAGCCAGCAAGAAAAUGAAGAUCUGAACCCUACAACUGCAAGAAAAUGAAUUCUGCCAAUAACUCAAAUUAGCAGGAAACUGAUUCUCCCCUAGAACAUCCAGAAAGGAAUGCAGCUUUGCUAACAACUUGCUUUUAGUUAAGUGAGACCCAUACCAAAUUUCUGAUAUAACGAACGGUAAAAAUAAUAGAUUUGAGUUGGUUUAAGACACUAAAUUUGUGGUAAUUUGUUAAGGCAAAAAUAGAAAAUGAAUACAACCUAUUUAGUUCAAUCUUAAUUCUAAAGGCCUUCUACUCUGAGAUCACAUAAUCUUCACCUGCUUCUUGAACAAAUCAGGAUCUUGUUAGCAAGGAGAAAGGAGUGAGUGGCAGGGAGAAUCCCAAUGACCAGUGCUUGCCACAGACGGCUAAUCUUAAUCUGGUUUAAGUCUCUAGUUCUGUCUCUCAGAAUUCUACCUCAUGCUUUAUGAUCCACCAUUUUCUAAUCUAUGGAAUAGAUGAUCUCUUGCUUCUAUGCUCUUGGUAAUUCAGUUGCCUCUACCUGGAACACCUCCAGCCCAUUGCCCAUUACAAGUAAUACUUAAGAACUAAGUGCUUGAAUUCUUCACUCCUCACAAGAAUCGUAUUGAACAGCACUCACUAUUUUUUAUAUUUCGCAUUAUGAAAUAUUUAAAAAUGCGUAAAAGUAGAGAGAACAUUACAAUAGAUCCCUAUCAACCAGAAUUCAGCUUCCAUAAUCAAUAUUCACAUUGAUAAGUCAGAUAGAAAUAAACAGCGAUGUAUUCCCACAGCAGGCUGACGUGUUGUCAACAGGGAUGGUUUGACUUAUAUCUAAGCUGAGAAAAUGGAUUCAGUUCUCCAGGAUCUUAGUCAUCGUGAACUCUAACAGCAAAAAUGACAAAACCACUCUCAGAGGAGCCAUUAAGUGCUACCAGUGACCAAGAUGCGAGAAAAAUCCUACUUCAGACUAGAACCUGAACAGCAUGUCACAAGCGUCCUAAAAUGGCUGUCACGUUACAGGACUUGUCCAUAAGGUCAAUUUUAGCCACUUAAGACUUACUUGAAGAGAGAGCUAAGGGUUUUCUUUUUAAUUUCGUUUUUUGUUUUUGUUUUGUUUUUAAUGGCCCACGUCAGUGCUGGCAAUAGAGAAAAUGUGUCCCUGAUCCCUUGGAUAAAUCGAAUUGACUGAAGAAUGCUUGAAUUCAUUUAUCCCAAAACAAAGGCAGAGGGCUGAGGGUCACUGGAGUUUCAGGGCUGCUCCCAGCGUGGCGAGCACGGACGCCAGAGCCUACUUCCCUCGGGAACCGCACUGCGGCAGGGACCCUUCUACGGAGGAUGGCUGGGGCUCCGGGAGGCUAUAGGAACGCCAUCUAGAAGCUAGAUCUCAGGCAAACGAACGCGAUUUAAAAGGAAUUAAAACGAAAGAACACAAAUUCGAAUCCUGGACCUGAUCAGGGGCGCAACCAAAGAAAGAAAUAACUAACGGUUCUCACCCUCCCUUUCAUUCCCUGCCGCAGAAAGAGAAAAGCUGGAACUCCGCUUCCCAGAAUGCAAAGCGUGGGGCGGGGCUAAAGAGAUAGCCUGUUUUCCCUCAAGUAGGAUCGCGGUAUCACAGGUUUGAUUAUAAAACGCCAGUCUCUCGCCAGGGCGCUCCUCCCCCUCAGUCUGACUGGUCCUGCCGGCCGUUGCGUGGAAGGGGGACUCAGUCGUCACUGGCAGCGGUUGAAUGGAGGCUCCUUGCCCCGCGCCCUCACGGUAGAUGAAGUCCUUCCUUCGGUCACAGCGAUAGCUUCUCCGAUUGCCUCAGAGCAAGCGGACUACAUUUCCCAGGGGGCUGCGGGACUGCCGGGCGGAGUGGGGGCGGUGCCUCACGUCUGGUACAGUCAUCACAAGCCUGUUCGGCGGGACUGUGAUGGCCAGAGAGAUGACGAUCUUAGGAUCGGCUGUUUUGACUCUCCUGUUGGCCGGCUAUUUGGCACAACAGUAUUUACCAUUGCCUACUCCUAAAGUGAUUGGUAUUGAUCUUGGCACCACCUAUUGUUCUGUUGGGGUGUUUUUUCCUGGCACAGGAAAAGUAAAGGUGAUUCCAGAUGAAAAUGGGCAUAUCAGCAUACCCAGCAUGGUGUCUUUUACUGACAAUGAUGUAUAUGUGGGAUAUGAAAGCGUAGAGCUGGCAGAUUCAAAUCCUCAAAACACAAUAUAUGAUGCCAAAAGAUUCAUAGGCAAGAUUUUUACCCCAGAAGAGCUGGAGGCUGAAAUUGGCAGAUACCCAUUUAAGGUUUUAAACAAAAAUGGAAUGGUUGAAUUUUCUGUGACAAGUAAUGAGACCAUCACGGUGUCCCCAGAAUAUGUUGGCUCUCGACUAUUGUUGAAGUUAAAGGAAAUGGCAGAGGCAUAUCUUGGAAUGCCAGUUGCCAAUGCUGUCAUUUCUGUACCAGCAGAAUUUGAUCUAAAACAGAGAAAUUCAACAAUUGAAGCUGCUAACCUUGCAGGACUGAAGAUUUUGAGGGUAAUAAAUGAACCCACAGCGGCAGCUAUGGCCUAUGGCCUCCACAAGGCUGACGUCUUCCACGUCUUGGUGAUAGACUUGGGCGGAGGAACUCUAGACGUGUCUUUACUGAAUAAACAAGGAGGGAUGUUUCUAACCCGAGCAAUGUCUGGAAACAAUAAACUUGGAGGGCAGGACUUCAAUCAGAGAUUGCUUCAGUACUUAUAUAAACAGAUCUAUCAAACGUAUGGCUUUGUGCCCUCAAGGAAAGAGGAAAUCCACAGAUUGAGACAAUCUGUGGAAAUGGUCAAAUUAAAUCUGACUCUUCAUCAAUCUGCUCAGUUGUCAGUAUUACUAACGGUGGAGGAACAGGACAGGAAGGAACCUCACAGUAGUGACACUGAACUGCCAAAAGACAAACUUUCCUCAGCAGAUGACCAUCGUGUGAACAGUGGGUUUGGACGUGGCCUUUCUGAUAAGAAAAGUGGAGAAAGUCAGGUUUUAUUUGAAACAGAAAUAUCACGGAAACUCUUUGAUACCCUUAAUGAAGACCUAUUUCAGAAAAUACUCGUACCCAUUCAGCAAGUAUUGAAAGAAGGCCACCUGGAAAAGACUGAGAUUGAUGAGGUGGUUUUAGUUGGGGGCUCCACUCGUAUUCCUCGGAUCCGUCAAGUCAUUCAAGAGUUCUUUGGAAAAGAUCCCAACACAUCUGUAGACCCUGACCUAGCAGUGGUAACGGGAGUGGCUAUCCAAGCAGGGAUUGAUGGAGGCUCUUGGCCUCUUCAAGUCAGUGCUUUAGAAAUUCCCAAUAAGCAUUUACAAAAAACCAACUUCAACUGAAUUCUGGAGAAAUAAUGAUUAUUUGUGAUCUUGUCUGAUGAUCUCUUCCCAUUUAUCAGAUUACCUUUUCCACAAAAGAAAGUCUCUAAAAUAUCACAGAUUUACCUAGAGGGCAACAUUUAGAUACGGGAAAAUUUUACAAAGUGUUUUGUCUUAGGAUUAGACAUGACCAGAUUGAUCCUAUUUGAUUUUGGAGAGAUCCUAUUCUAACAAAUACUCUACAAUGAUAAAAUUGAGGUACAACUCUUUUACAAGAGUAUGGAUAACUAUAUUUUCUGGAUUCUGGAGAUUGAUAACCAUAUGCACUUAACAUUAUAUUCUAUAAACAUUAAGUAGUGCCAAUUAUGAGAUCCCCAGUUCUUACUAAAUUAUAUUAGCAGGAGCUGGUAAUUACUUGUAUUAUCACAUGUAACUAAUAAUUUGAACUAUACUUGAAGGACUGUGUUGAUGUCAGGUAUUUACAGUGGUUGGAAGAUAGCAGUAUUAUUAGCAUAAGCUGCAUACAUAAUAUUCAGUAACUGCCAUAUUAUAUAACAAAUUUACAUUCACAAAUUCAGUAUCCUGUUAAGUGUCAUAUUCUUGUAAUCUGCAUUCUCCGGGAGUUUUAUGUAUUUAAUAGAUGAAUUUAUUUUAUUUCUAAAGGUAUUCAAAUGUUUCAGCACCAUAUAGUAGAAAUACCCAAUUUAUAUUCUAGUUCCUUUAUGUCCUGUACAUCAUUCUCUGCUUGGAUUUCCAUUAUUCUGUUUAGUUAGAGAAUAAAAUUGGUAAUUGCAUUUGAAGAAUGUGUUAAUGCCAUAAUAAAGCCAUGAUUACUAUCUUAUUUUUGUUAUCCAAGACCUUUGCAAACAUUGGCAAAUAGCAUCAAUUAUCUACUGUAUUUGUUUCUUUGUUUAUAUUUUCAGUAAGCCCUGGGGAAUAUAGCAUGGAAUUGAGCUACUAAAUGGUUUUGGUUCUGUUUUACUGAGAUUUUUCCUCAUAUUUAGUUUUGAACGAGGAAAAUGUGCUCAAUUAUAAAAGCUGUGUUAUUGUUUUCUAUUAUUAUUUUUAAAUAAUCACACUUGGACUCUUUUCAAACAUUAGGUUAGUUUGUGCUGAGAGCAAAAAAUUUGUGAAUACUGGAAGUAAUGUGGAAAUCUAAUGUGGAAGCCAUUGUGGCAAAGUUUCUACAAAUCGGCAUUUGUAGCAGAGUUGUUUGUUUUUGUUGUUUGUUUCCUUUAAGAAAAACCACAGGGACCAAGAAAGAAAAUAUAACGGUUUGAUUUCUGUCAUACCCAUUGUAUUUGAAGAUAUAUGGAUACAGAUUAUAUAUAUAUACAUAUUUUCCUUAAUAGAGGAAUGCUUCAUAUUAUUCAAAAAUUAUAUCCUGGUCACCUUUUUUUUGUUUUUUACUGUAAAGUAUCUCUGCUUUAUCCAUUGCUGAAUUUGAUAGGAUGUUGAAUUGCCAGUCACUGAAAAAGGAAACUAAGCAAAUUCAUUUCAACAACAUCAAAACACUUCAGCUUCCAUACUAAAAAGCUGAAUGUUACUAAUAUUUUUCAUAUCUAAAAAAAAAAUUCUUAGCAAUGGAAUUGCUGUUAAAACACAAAUUUCAAUCAAAUACUUUUGUGUAUAGAAAAUAUCUAUAGUAGGUAGAUAGAAAAGUAUAAAAUGUUUGUUGAAGUAUCUUAUUUUAGAACAAAUGGAGAAAUGCCAAAGAUGAAUCCUUCACUGCAUUAUGAAAAUAUUCCAAAUGUUCUCUUGGACUUUAUAUAAAUCUGUAAUAGAUUUUAGAAUUGAAAAAUUCUUUGUGAAGGUCUUCUAAAAGUGUUCCAAUUUAUCUCGAAAUCUCCAUAUAUAGUAUCAGCUUUAACCUAAAACAUAAAAAAAACCUUGAAUUUCUCAAAUGUUUGAGAUGCUCAAGACAGUCUCUUAAUCUGUUAAUGCUUUUGGAAACAAUUGACAAAAUAGGGCAGGCAGCUAAUGUCAUGUACUAAAGUUGGAAUUUAAAUAAUUUCUAUUUGCAAGUUAGAAUGACAGUGUUGGAAUUUGGAGGCAGUAGUUGAGCAUAUUCUCUAGUAUAUAGCUACACCUUUAAUAAAAUGAAGGAAUGUCUUCAAUCAUAUUUUAGUGGGCUAUUUAUAAAUAGUCUUGAAGUCAAUUUAGUUUAUUUAUUUAAAAGAUAAUGCAUCCUGAAAGGGAUCAUUUAUGAAUAACAAUUUGAAGUCUUUUCAUAAAAAAAACUUAAUACACUUUAGUUGUACAUUUAGCCAGUGUUAUUUGAAGUAUGUAACUUUUAAAAUAUUAAGUGUCUUGUAUGUUUAGAAUAUGUGAAUGAGUAACUUAUUUUGUAUCAGGAAUGUUUUGGUACUGUGUUUUCAUUCAAACCACUGACUUAACAGAUACUACUGUGUAUAACAUGUACUAAAUAUUACAGUUAUUGUGCAUAACAGAUUGUUCCUCUUAUAUUUGUGUGUAUACAGGCAAUUCAUGUUUUAAUGUAAAUAAAUACCAUUUUGCAGUUUGUUUUUUAAA